AUGGCCCAAGGGUCAUUUAAAGCACGUGGAAAAUUAAAUAAACACCCAGCCCUUCUGUCUUGGGCAAAGACAGGAAAUUGUUUGCUGCAAGAUGGUAGUCAAGAGCCUUUCAAAGUUCGACUCCACUUAGCCAAAGACAUAUUGAUGAUUCAAGAACAGGAUGUCAUUUGUGUGUCUGGUGAACCUUUCUACUCUGGAGAAAGAACAGUAGCAAUACGAAGACAAACUGUAGGGGGAUUUGGACUCAGCAUCAAGGGGGGAUCUGAACAUAAUAUUCCAGUUGUUAUAUCGAAGAUAUCCAAAGAACAAAGAGCUGAGCUUUCUGGUCUUUUGUUCAUCGGAGAUGCCAUUCUGCAAAUUAAUGGCAUAAAUGUGAGAAAGUGCAAGCAUGAAGAAGUGGUGCAAGUUUUACGCAAUGCCGGAGAGGAGGUUACAUUAACCGUUUCUUUUUUAAAAAGGGCACCUGCUUUCCUCAAAUUACCACUGAACGAAGAUUGUACUUGUGCACCCAGUGACCAAAGCAGUGGCACAUCAUCUCCUUUAUGUGACAGUGGUUUGCAUCUAAACUAUCAUCCCAACAACACGGAUACUUUAUCUUGUUCUUCAUGGCCAGCCUCACCUGGCCUCCGAUGGGAAAAACGGUGGUGUGAUCUUCGGCUAAUCCCACUGCUGAAUUCAAGACUAUCACAGCAUAUAACAGGAACAGAUUUAUGCAGGCAAAAUGCAUUUCAAAUCACUGCAGUAGAUGGUAUUUGCAGUGGAAUAAUACAGUGCUUGUCGAGUGAUGACUGCAUAGAGUGGUUACAAUCUAUAUCUUCUAACAUUUCCAAUCUCACAAAGCACAACAUAAAAAAAAUUAACAGAAACUUUCCAGUAAAUCAGCAGAUAAUACACAUGGGCUGGGUUGAGGAACGGGAGCAAGAUAAUCUUCAAGACCAUAUGUACACACCAAAGUUUUUGGCCCUUAGAGGAUCAUCACUUUUUAAAUUCAGUUCACCUCCAGUAACAACAUGGGACUGGAUGCGGGCAGAGAAAAAGUUUACAGUAUAUGAAAUAAUGUUUAAAAUUUUUAAGGACAGUGAUCUUCUGGACCACCGAAAAUACUGCUUUGGUGUCCAGUCGGAAUCUGGAGAGGACUUGUACUUUUCUGUGGAGUUGGAGAAUGAACUCAUACAUUGGGAGAAAGCAUUCCAGACUGCAACUUUCCUAGAGGUUGAAAGGAUCCAGUGUAAAACGUAUGCAUGUGUCAUUGAAAGUCAUCUAAUGGGACUUACCAUUGACUUUGGCAUGGGAUUCAUCUGCUUUGAUGCUGCAACAAAGGCUAUACUAUGGAGGUAUAAGUUUUCUCAGCUGAAAGGUUCUUCAGAUGAUGGAAAAAGUAAAAUAAAGUUUUUGUUCCAGAAUCAAGAUACAAAACAAAUUGAAGCAAAGGAACUGGAGUUCUCCAAUCUAUUUGCAGUCCUUCAUUGCAUCCAUUCAUUUUUUGCCGCUAAAGUAGCUUGUUUGGACCCUCUUUUUGUUGACAAACAAAGUAUUUCAGAAGAAUAUUUAAUU